AUGGGGGAUGGCACGGUGACGGGCGAGCACGCAAGCCCACUUGCAGCAAAGAAGGUGUUGGUGAUUGGAGCUGGCGCAGCUGGGCUGGCGUGCGCAUGGAGCCUUGCGCGGUUCCCAGACAAGUUUGAGGUGCAUGUGUGGGAGAAGGAGGCGCAGGCCGGUGGCGUGUGCACCUCGGAGGACGUGGGCAACGGCGACUGGAUCAACGACGGCGUGCAGGGCGCUGCGCCAUCCUACAGGAACACGUUCCUCUUCCACGACCAGUUUGGCUUCAAGCACGAGCCCGUGCACAUGAAGGUGGCGUUUGGCAAGGGCCCCACAGCAUGGAACAACGUUGCGCCAACGCCGCUCAUCCACGAGCACCAGCGCGAGAUUGAGCGCUUCGGCCGUGUGCUCAAGCACAUCAUGCGGCUCAAGUUCAUCUACGCGUUCAUCCCCAUCCGCCGCGUCCUGGCCCUGCACCGCUUCUCCAAGUCUUUCCGCGACCACCUCGUCUUCCCUCUCACGGCACUCUUCUUCGGCACGGGCAACCAGACGCCACGUGUAUCGUCUGUGGUUGUUGCCAGCGUGUUCUUGGACCCGGACGUGCGUCUGUUUGACUACGACCCAGAGCGGCUGCUCAGCCAACAGCCCGACUUUUACGCCUUCAAGAAACUCUCAGACGUCUACGGCACCAUCGCAGGCGGGAUUGGUGCGCACAUGCACUACAACCGGCCAAUUGCGCAGAUUCGGCGCAGGAACAACAAGGUGCAUGCCACGGACGGCGCCGGUGUUGAGGAAGUGUUUGACGAGGUCGUCUUCUCCUGCAACGCGGAAGCAGCGCUCAAGUCCCUCCAGCGGCCAAGGUUUUGGGAGCGCUUUGUGCUCGGCCACGUGCGCUACUUCAACGAUGUGACCGUCACACACGAGGACGAGGCGUACAUGCGUCGGCACUACGAGUUUGACAACGAGCGCGGUGACAUGUACUUCAUCCGCACAGAUCCAGACAAUAGCGAGGUCCUUGAGAUGAGCUUCAACCUGAGCAACUAUCAGGGUCAGCUGCGUGGGAGUGGCCGCAACGUGUACCAAACCAUCUUCCUCAACGACGAAAUCCGCCAGCGCUGGACAAAACCAGACAUUGCAGAAGACAAGGUUUUGAUGGAGAAGUGGUGGAGGCAAAUGUCCCACACGUGGCGCCACUUUUUGUUUGUGGUGCCAUGGGUGCGCUUCAUGCAAGGCAGAAAGCAUACGUGGUACUGUGGCGCGUACACGCUGUUCAACACGCAUGAGCUGGCCAUUGUGUCGGGCCUGGCUGUGGCGCAGCGCCUGGGUGCCGACUACCCCUUUGACCACGACCAGCUUGCAGCCACCCAGUUUGACAAGCUCAUGCAGAUUUCGCACGGCGUGAACCGCCACAAGCGCUCGUGGUGGCGUUGCUUCUCUCGACGUCGUCGUCGCACAUCUUCCCCUUGA